AUGCUCCUUUCAGAUGCAGUCCCACAAAAUGUCUCUACAGUACUUGGUGUGACUCACCCUUUCUUUUACAGAAUUGGGAUAGAUGACCUUUGGAUUGAGCGGUGUAUUGUUUAUGCAGAUUAUAGAGAUAGAUUUGCAUCAAUCCCUUAUGUCACUGGAAGUUUCAAGCAAAAAGUCAAUAUCCCAGAAGCUGUGCUCCUAUUGGUUGCCAUGAGUCACAUGGUUAUUGUUUGUAAACUCAUUCCCAAUGGCAGUCUGCAGAAAGCCACAUGUGAGAGACUGAUCUUUUGGGCCCCGUUGGAACGAAUUCGCCAACUGUCUGAUGUCGGCUACUACCCAGAUUCAAGGAUGUCCAUGAAAGAUACCGCAAAUAUGGUGAAACGCUGGAAAAGUAUCGGAGAUGUUCCGCCUGUUUACCCAAAUGGUUGGUUUGCGGUUAUUGAGUCGCAUAAACUUCCCAUCAAGGCAGUGAAAAACACUCAUCUCUUAGGAAUGCAGUUAUGUGUGUUUAGAGAUGAAAAUGGCGAGGCCCAUGUCAUAGAUGCCUACUGUCCCCACAUGGGUGCCAACCUUGCUGUGGGGGGUGUAGUCAAGGGGGAUUGUGUCGAGUGCCCCUUCCACGCCUGGAGGUUCCGGGGAGAAGAUGGCAAAUGUACUCAUAUUCCAUAUGCUGAAAAAGCCCCAGAAGUUGCCAAAGUGAAAUCCUGGCCAGUAUCUGAGAUGAAUGGCUUUGUCCACAUGUGGUAUCACGCAGAAGACCUCGAUCCACAAUGGAUGAUUCCUGAGAUUGAGACUAUUGCGUCUGGACAAUUUGUCUAUAGAGGGCGCACUGAACACCAUGUUAAUGCUCAUAUAGAGGAAAUUCCAGAGAAUGGUGCCGAUGUUGCUCAUCUGGGACAUCUUCACUCCCCUAGCAUUACAUUGGGCAUUGAUGUAGAUACCAUACGCAAGAAAUACUGGGACCUAGGUGUGCAACAUAACUGGGACGCACAGUGGGAACCACUUGCCAACCCAGACAAGAAGCAUAUCAGUACUAUUAAGCUGAAACAUAAGAUGACAUUGUUUGGUAUAGCAGUACCAAUACUUGAUCUUAAAGUCUACGCUGAACAGAUAGGGCCUGGUAUAGUGUAUAUGCACUGGACCUCUGUAUUAGGUUCUGGUAUAUUUCAACAUUAUCUUACCCCUGAGGAACCCCUAGAGCAGAAACUGGUACAUAAUAUUUACACAGACUGGAGGAUGCCUCCGUUCAUAUCAAAGUUUUUCCUCAUGGCAGAAGCCAUACAGGUGGAGAGAGACAUGUCAAUUUGGAACAACAAAAAAUUCAUCUCUAAACCAGUUCUAAGUAAAUCCAAGGAGUGUUCAAUGAUUUCUAAACACAGAAGGUGGUACAGUCAGUUCUAUUCGGAAAACAGCCCAAGAUUAAAGUUCCAAAAGGACACCCUAGACUGGUAGUUGUACCCUAGAUUAUUUAUACAUGGUGUACAUAUAUAUUCUGGUACAUAUUAACAAGUACUAUACGUGGGAAGAUACAUAUGAAAGGAGUUUGUGUACUGACAGUGGUGACUAGAUGAACUGGCACAUGUUGUACAAAUUAUCAAAAGCUCAAUAUUGUGAUAUCAUAUGCUUAUGUCUGUUAUUAACUAUUGGCUUAAAAAGACGAUAUUUGCCUUAGAUGGCAUUUACAUAACUCUGCCUAUUAAUGAUGUUACAUAAUAUAAUUAUCGUGUCUGAAUAAUGGAUAGUGAUGAAGCAUAAUUUGACAUGCAGAAAUUAUAACAUGACAUCAUAGAUAAUCUUCAUGAUGUCAAAAAAGUGACAUCAGUAUGAGAAAUGACAUAAGCUUCUUAAUAAUUAUUAACACGUUGCGUAACUCAUUUGGCUUAAAUAUAAACAGUAAUAUAUGAGCUUUAAUAUAAUGUAUAGAUUAUUUGGUAAUGUUGUCUAAAAUUGACUUUUAGAGGGUAUAUUUAUUAUGAAAGACAGGCUUUAUAAAGCUAUAAAGUGAAAUUAUUAAGUGGAGAUAAUUAUUUAUCAUUUUGAGAGCUGAGCAAAUUUCUUUCACAGAAUUAAUGUAAUCAUAUAUUGUUAGUAAUCCCCUCUUGGUAAAGCUUGUAAAAAAAGCUUAUAGACAAUUCUGACAAAAAAAACUUGAAUCAUUUGAGACUGCUGCCACAAUGAUUCUACAUGUAUGUAACAGGAUUGUCAAUGUUUUGAAAGGAGUGAACGUAGCAAGGAAUAAAGUAAACAGGCAGGCACUGCAGACUUUAAAUUGUAUAGAAAUGGCAGAAAAUCUUUUAUUGA